CGUCACGGCUACUCUGUGCAGAGAGCAGCGUGUGUGCGGAGGUUUCCACGCCGCUCAAAGCUUCUUUACAUCCAGCUGCACGUUUGGAUGAUUAAACUGAGCAGCUGAAUGUUUAUUACAAGUAAGAUCGGAAACCAUGGAGGCUUAGUAAAGGCUAAAAGGCUAAAUGCCAGUAAAUAGCAGUGAAAUACGUCUCCGCGUUAGGAGCAAUUUAAAAGAGUCCCAUAGUACAGAGCAGGCGUGCAGCCAUGGCCGGCAAGGGUCGUGGGAUAGGCGCCUUUACCUUCAACGUCGAGGCUCUGGGCAUCGGCAGGGGCAGCAUGCCAGAAGCCAGGGUGGGGCCAAACCCGCUGUUUCCAAACAUAGACUUCAAGCCGGUGCCGCUGAAAGCUGGCGAGGAUGAGGACUACAUGCUGGCCUUAAAACAGGAGAUGAGGGGAACAAUGCAACGGCUACCACACAACAUUAAGCCUCUGGCCAAUAAAGCAGAAGUGGAGCGAUACACUGAGAGAUACCUGAAGCAAAGACUGAUAGAAGAUCAGGAUUGGAGUCCAGACUGGAACCUCCUUCCAAAAGAAUUGAUGCCCCAAAAGAAAAAAACUCGUCCUAAACCAGGCCCAAAGAAGAAAACUGUGAAGAUAUCACCUAAAGACGCAGCAGAUAUGCUGACUAAAUUAGACGACCUGGCAAAGAAGGAUGACGGAAACCCUGAAAAAUCAGAUGAGGAGACUGAAAAGAAACCUGGAAAUGAGGAGGAAGAUAUUGAAGAAGAAUAUGAAGAAGAGGAUAUUGAAGAGGAAAACGACUACAUUGACAGCUAUUUUGACAAUGGCGAAGAAUUUGCUGCGGAAAGUGAUGAGAAUAUGGAUGGCGAAGCGACCUACUGA